UGAACCAAGAGCUUAUCAUGUGCUCUUACUAGUAUUCUACUGUAAAAUCAGUUGAAAGGUCAUUCCCAAAUUCAUCACCAUUUCUGUGUUUUAUAUGGACUGAGAUUUUGUUUUGUCGUCCACCGACAACAGCUCAAGAAUGGAGAAGAAUCCCUUUUUCUUAUUCUUCGUCUUCAUUAUCAUAAGCUGUACUUCAGCUCUCACUUCACACCAAAAUGAUCAAGUCACAUCUAUCUUAGGGGAAGAUAACUUGGGCCAUUGGAGAAAUGGGAUCUUGAGCUCAUCAGCUGAAGCUCCUGGUCCUGCCGGUGAACCAUCUGGUGCACUUGUGUUGGCCGGGUCGAGGACAAAGAGGCCUGAUAUUCUUAACCGAUUCAAGCGGUAUCAUGGUGGAUGGGACAUUACUGAUAAGCAUUAUUGGGCAUCUGUUGGAUUUACAGGGGCUGCUGCUUUGAUUCUUGCUAUAUUAUGGUUUGUGUUCUUUGGCUUAGCCAUGAUCAUAUAUCACUGUUGUGGUUGGAGAAUCGAUAUUAAAGGCAAAGAAUCCCGCCCUUCUCAGAUACUAUGCCUGAUUUUGCUUAUCGUCUUCACGUGUGCUGCAGCGACUGGAUGCAUUCUUCUUUCGGUCGGGCAAGAUGAGUUUCAUCGUGAGGCAGUGGACACGCUAAAUUACGUUGUUAACCAAUCUGAUUACACUGUUCAGACACUUGUAAAUGUCACAGGGUAUUUGUCGCUAGCAAAAACUGUCAAUGUGGCACAGUUUUACCUUCCUUCAGAUGUGAAAGAUAGUAUUGACAAGCUGAAUAUCGACUUAAAUGCUGCCUCAGAUAAACUCGGGCGAAAAACACAUCAGAAUUCGCAAAAAAUAAGAACCGUCUUUGAUGCUGUGCGAUCAUCGAUGAUUACCGUUGCAAUAGUGAUGCUUCUCGUUUCUAUUUUAGGCCUUUAUUUGUCGAUUCUUGGUCAGAGGAAUGCAAUCCACAUAUUCAUUAUCGGUGGAUGGUUACUUGUCGUGGUGACAUUCAUUCUAUGUGGAGUUUUCGUAAUCCUCAACAAUGCAAUUUCAGAUACGUGUUUGGCUAUGGAACAAUGGGUGGAUCACCCGCAUGCCGAAACUGCCCUUAGUAACAUCCUUCCAUGUGUUGACCAGGGAACAACGAACCAGACGUUGUAUAAGAGUAAACAGGUGAUCAACGAUCUUGGAAAUAUCGUGAAUGGAUUCAUAGGCUCGUAUGCCAACUCAUACCCCCAGCCAUCAGGGAACACAAAUUACUUUAACCAGUCAGGGCCUCUGAUGCCAUACGUUUGCUCUCCGUAUGACUCGCAACUCCAAGAACGAGAAUGUUCAUCCCAAGAGAUCUCGAUGUCAAAUGCCUCGCUGGUGUGGCAGAACUACACUUGUACGGUCUCGGAAUCCGGAUUAUGCAUCACCACCGGAAGAUUGACCCCCGAGAUGUACCAACAACUAGUCGGAGCAGUAAACAUAAGCUACGCCCUCCACCACUACACGCCGCCGUUACUAAGCUUCCAGGACUGCAAUUUUGUUCGUGAAACCUUCACAACCAUCACCUCCGACCACUGCCUGCCAUUACAACACCAUCUCCGGCUGGUGAAUGCAGGUUUGGCCCUUGUUUCUGCCGGAGUAAUGCUCAGUCUUGCACUGUGGAUCAUAUUCGCAAACCGCCCCCAAAGGGAGGAGGUGUUUGCUAAGAUUACGUCCACGAUUAAAUAUAAAUGCAACGGAAAGCUUUGCCGUGGUGACAACACCAUCCGAGAAACGUAACAAGUCCAACAAGCGAAGCUUGAGGCGUAGGAAGUCGUUUUUUUUUAUAUCGGGUUCUUUGUUGUAAUCUAUAUCUAUCUUCGACACGGCUGAAUGCAAGGUGUCGUCGAGCAUAUUUUUUUUGCCCGAUAGCAACAAUUAACGUGUGGGUUCAAUAAUUCUAUUUGUUUUCAUUCACUGUCGGCCUGCUUUACGAAACCUUCACAUUUCGGGUAUCCGAUAUGAUUUUCUUGUAGCAUGGAUUUAGCAGGUCGGAGUAAGUUGGAUACUUGGAUCAAGUUAAACGGUUAAAAGAAUGUAUUGUUGCUGAUGA